AUGUCUGUGGAUUCUAAGAACUCUCCGAAAGAGACAGGAUGCGAUGAAUCUCAAGUGAACAAUGGCGGCGAUUCUGCCGUCGCCGAUGGGCAGAAAGAUAGAGAAGUCAAGACAGGCUCUACGGCAGCUCGUUCCAGCAACCCCAGAGCUAAUAAUAAUUUUGAGAUGCUGAGUUUCAAUGACAACUAUGCGGCGAUUUUACAGAAUUUGACUAACGACAAUGGCCAGUCAGCAAGCUUGAGCAAUAUAAGUGCCAAGAAUGCGCUCAUGUCGAUUUUAUCCGAUGCUAAUGAGGCAAACGUCAGACAGAAGGAGGAUGAGCGGCCUGCAGGCGCAGAACUGGGCCACGGGAGUAAGAAUGGUCCUAACAGGGCGGGAAUUGACAGGAAUAACCUCGAUGCGCUCUUGCAGCAUUAUCAAGGACUGCUCAGUAAGUCUGAGAACACCAACAAUCAAACCGGGGAGCAAACUCCGUCGAAUAGCGUUCCAGAUACUGCGAGAAAUAGCCAGGGUCUGGACAGCCAAGUGAAUCCUACUUACCCUAUAGCGGGCGAGAAGCCGUGCGAUCACUGCAGAAGAAGGCAGGCCAAGUGUGUGGUAGCGCCAAAUCAGCCGGGUUGCAUUAAAUGCGAAGCGAAGGGCAUCAAAUGUACUUUCUCGGAACUACCGAACAACGCUAAUAAAUUCAACAUGACUGACUCAGGGAGCGCCAGAGUGAAACAUCCUCGAUCAGAUGAAUAUGCCAAUGGUAACAUCAUAACCAAGAAGGCCCGAUUAAACAGCGGCGAGAAUGUCUUACAGCAGUAUUCUGAGUUGCUGCAACAGUAUAAUGAACCUUCUGCAAAUCCAAACCAGUACGUCAACGUAGGGAAUACAUCAUCUCCACAAAUACCGAGCGUCCCUAAUCUGAUUAAUUCGCUUCAAACGAAUCCAAGGGAUAUACAGUUACCGAGGCCAUCGCCUCCGCCGCAACACCAGUUUCCAAGAUCAUCUUUUUAUGUUGGAUCAACGUCGGUUUACGACGUGAACCUGGUUAAUCACGUUAAACUGGAUCAUAUCGACCAGAUACAGCUGUCACCCACUGUCGCUCUUCGAAAAGUGGCACCGAAUGCGCAGUUUAUCCUUAGAGAUAAUUUCAACCAGAAGCUAUACAUCAAGCAGGAGCAAGAAAUAGAUCUGGUUGAGAGAAUGAUAUACCCGCAUGGCAGAAUAUUGGUUGACAUCUUUUUCAAAUUUGUACAUCCUUAUUUCCCGAUUUUGCAUGAGAAGGUUUUCUUGGAAAAGUACUCCAGGUCUUAUAGAGAGCUUACUGCCCCUCUGCUAGCGUCGAUUUAUUCACUCGCACUUCAGAGAUGGGAUUUUCACCCCAAGCUGAUAGGGUUUCCGAAACCUGAUGUUACUGAACAACUCAACGAGAUAGCUUAUAGAACUUUCUUCGAUAUGAUUGAAAGACCCAAACUGAGUAUGGUUCAAACUGGGCUGCUCAUUUUGCGCUGUCGCAGCGAGUGUGCCAACAAUUGGGUGAUAAACUGUGCUGUUGUGGCUUUGGCAGAAGAGCUUGGGCUCAACGUCGACUGCCAGGAUUGGAGGCUGCCCAAAUGGGAAAGGGGCUUACGAAGAAGACUGGCAUGGGCCGUUUGGACGCAAGAUAAAUGGACGGCUUUGAAUGAGUCUCGCCAUUCCCAUUUGAUUUUGGGAAGGAAUUGGCUUGUCAAGAUGCUCAAAGAGGAGGAUUUUCCAGCAGAGUCUCCCUUUAUUGGCAGCACAGCACAAGAUGAAAACAAUUACAACGCUUCAAAUCCUUUAGGUAAUAUUUUCCUCUACGAUAUGUCCCUUACAAACGAGGAUUACAGGGACGGGACAUUGAUGUUCAAACAGCUCGUUUCUUUAAGUGUUAUCGUUGGUGAAAUCAUGGAAACAUUUUACACAGAGGGUGCCACUCACGUUGCACCAAAAAUAGAGCAGGUGCUGAAGUUAGCCAAGCCUCUGCAACUGAAGCUCCGAGAAUGGUACCAUUCUCUACCGGCGAAGUUAUCCAUGAAUAACUUUAUUCCAAGAAAGUUAAACGCCAAUGCGACUCUCACAUUGGCAUAUUUUGCUGCAGAAAUAACACUCCAUAGAACCAUCAUUUCGACUUUGACGCAGGAUACGCCGAAGGAGCUAGUCCAGGUUUGUCGAACGGCAGCAAAGACAAGACUUGUUGCAGCGAUUGAGUUCGUUCGCGAUUUGAAAAAUGAACACAUCAACGCCUUUUGGUAUUCAUCUUCUACAGGGAAUCUCAUGCUCAUUGCUACAUUCGCAUCUUUAUUAUACGUCACCUCGAGAACAAAAGAUGAGGCUAUAAUAUUUAGAGAUUGCCUCCGAAAUUAUAUUUGGGUACUAAGAAUAGGCUCAAAAUCAUUUGACAAAUCGGCAAAUGCACUGAAGGGUAUUCACAUUCUCUUGGCCCAGAUUCCGGGUUUAUUAACUGACGAGGAUCCAAAGGAAUUUAUGCCCCCCACGUCACAACCCUCAACUCUCUCAGGUCAGCAGUGGAAGAUGACGACAGAACAAUCCCCUCCUGAUUUUAGCCAGCUAAGAAACUUACCCCAUGAUCUACUCCAAAGCCUCUCGAGCACCCAAGGAAGCACUCCUAAUGUGCCUAACACCCAGCUCACUCACCGAUCCUCCUCCCCAGCUUGCUAUAAUCCUUCCAAAUCUGAGGUUAACCCACUGUCUUUCAAAAAUAAAGAUAACGGCGAAACCGAACGGAACAUGACUGAGCUCAAAAAUAACGCCACGACUCUUUCACAGCUGAGCCCACAUGCUCUUCCCCGAAAGAGAGCGAACUCCAGCGGAGCAGUCAGUAAUCAUAGCCCAGAUCGCGCUGAAGAUAAAAGGAAUUCUCACAACCAAGGUAGAAGUAUACCACGAGUGAACUCAGCAAAUAACCACAAUGAAAGUAACCCGAUAACCCCCCAAAGCGUAGGAAACACUGUUAAAGAAUCAUCGCCUGCUAGCAGGGAUUCCAGCAGCGACAAUACAGAUGAGACUGCAAACAAACCUUCCACAAUCUCGCCAAGCUCGAUACAGGACAAACAGCAACAAACUAAUGCAUUAGAUACACAGCGAGCUUAUGAGCAUCAAAAGACCUUCUCUCAUAAUAACGAUGUGGCCAGCCCUGAAGGCUGUGAAAGGACGACCAAUGGCACACAAGAUGAAUCAGAUUGA